AUGGCAGGUACCAUUGACUGCUCUAACCUGCAUCAGUGGCUGGUACAGCGUAAAACAUCAUCUGGUGUUGCCCACGUCAAAAAUAAUGAGAAGAGCCGAAAAGCAUGUUUGGUCAAGAAAAGGAUGAAGGAACUGGAGUUGUUUGGUGUAGAAGCCAAAAAGGAGAUGCAGGUUUUAAAACAUGUAAAAUUUGGCCACCUAGAAUUUGGCUACAAAGCUGAAGGAAAACCUGCUCUGUUUGUAGGUGGAGAGCUGAAUAUCUGUUACAAUGCUGUAGAUCGUCAUGUUGAGAAUGGACAAGGAGACCGAAUUGCCAUUAUUUAUGACAGUCCUGUAACAAAUACCAAAGAGAAAAUAACGUAUAAGGAACUUCUUGAACAGGUCUCCAAGUUAGCUGAUGUCAUGGUCAGACAUGGUGUGAAGAAAGGAGAUCGUGUAGUCAUCUACAUGCCCAUGAUUCCACAGACAGUGUACUGUAUGCUGGCUUGUGCAAGAAUAGGAGCCGUCCAUAGCCUGAUUUUUGGUGGAUUUGCGUCUAAAGAGCUUUCUGUUCGCAUUGAUCAUGCAAAGCCCAAGCUUGUUGUAACAGCAAGUUUUGGAGUAGAACCUAAGAGGAAAGUGGAAUACGUAUCCCUCCUAGAAGGAGCACUGACAAGAGUACAGAGCAAACCUGAUAAAGUUCUCAUUUACAAGCGACCUAAUUUGGGCCAUGUUCCUCUUGCCCCAGGUCGCGAUCUUGACUGGGAAGAAGAGCUUGCAAAAGCACAUGAUUGCAAAUGUGUCUCUGUUCCCUCAGACCAUCCACUUUAUAUUCUGUAUACAUCUGGAACAACAGGCUUGCCCAAGGGUGUAGUCAGACCGACAGGUGGCUAUGCAGUCAUGCUGAACUGGACAAUGUCAGCUAUAUAUGGACUCAAGCCUGGUGAGGUGUGGUGGGCAGCUUCUGAUUUAGGCUGGGUUGUUGGACAUUCCUACAUUUGCUAUGGGCCUCUCCUUCAUGGGAAUACUACAGUUUUGUAUGAGGGGAAGCCUGUGGGAACGCCAGAUGCUGGUGCCUAUUUCCGUGUGCUAGCAGAGCAUGAAGUAGCUGCCUUCUUUACUUCACCAACUGCAAUUAGAGCAAUCCGUCAGCAGGACCCCGAGGCAGCCUUGGGAAAGCAGUACGCUCUGAAAAGGUUCAGAACGUUAUUUGUAGCUGGUGAGCACUGUGAUGUCGAUACGCUAGAAUGGUCAAAAAAGGUCUUCAGGGUACCUGUCUUGGACCACUGGUGGCAAACUGAAUCUGGUUCUGCAAUUACUGCUUCCUGUGUUGGUCUGGGGAACUCUACAGCACCUCCACCCGGACAGGCAGGAAAACCAGUGCCAGGGUACAAUGUGAUGAUUCUGGAUGAAAAUAAGGAACCAGUGAAGGCCCAGACUUUAGGAAAUAUUGUGGUAAAGUUGCCUUUGCCUCCUGGAGCAUUCUCAGGUCUUUGGGAAAACCAGGAAACAUUCCAGAAGUUAUAUUUCCAAAAAUUUCCAGGAUAUUAUGAUACUAUGGACGCAGGUUAUAUGGAUGAAGAUGGCUAUUUAUAUGUCCUGUCUCGAGCUGAUGAUGUGAUCAAUGUUGCUGGACACAGAAUUUCAGCAGGCGCAAUUGAAGAGUGUGUUCUCUUCCAUCACGCUGUGGCAGACUGUGCUGUUGUGGGCCAGGAGGAUGCUUUAAAAGGACACGUUCCAUUUGCGCUGUGUGUGCUGAGAGAAGGUAUAAAGACAGAAGAGAAGACGAUUUUGAAAGAGAUUGUUGAGCGAGUUAGAAGUAACAUUGGUCCAGUGGCAGCUUUCCAGAAGGGGGUGUUUGUGAAGCAGCUACCAAAAACACGCUCUGGCAAGAUACCACGCUCAGCUCUUUCUGCACUUGUCAGUGGAAAGCCAUAUAAGAUAACACCCACCAUUGAAGAUGCUAGCGUGUUUAAACACAUUGAAGAAGCACUAAAGAAAAAUUAAAUGGGAUAAUAGAUUGGUAACAAACGUGUCAGUUACUGAAGUAUGCGAAGAGACUUUAUGUUAGGAAAUAC